AACAACCUGAUACUCCAAUUCCAGCAAAUCUUACUGUACCUUCCGGAAACUGUUUUAAAAUUUUGCUUUAUGGUAGAGGUGUUCAAAUAUAUCAAUGUGUUACUAGUGGAAGUUCAGGUUCAUGGUCACAAGUUGGUCCGGACGCUUAUUUAAUUAAUAAUAAUAAAACUGAAAAUUUUACUUCUAAAUUUGAAGUUGCGCAUCAUUAUUUCCAACAAACGCCCGUAAAUGGUGGUAUAAUUACUUGGCAAUCCCUUGUUAAAGGUGAUAACUCAUUAGUUAUUGCGAAAAAAAUCUCACAAUCACCUUCUCCCGAUGGCCCCGAAAAUGUUCCAUGGCUUGAAACUCAAACCACUUCUAAUCAAGGAGAAGGUACAUUUAGUAAUAUUACUUAUGUUCUUCGAAUUAAUACUAAAGGUGGCGUCGCUCCUCCAGCAACACAAUGUGGAACAACUUAUUCAAAUGGGCGAAAUGGGCAAAAAUCCGAAUUCUAUCUUGAUCAUUGGCCAGAAAGUGCAUACAAUGGGUAUGCUGUUUGA